UCCACACUUCACUAAUCACACCGCUAUAAUUGCUCUUCGUCCCCACACAACAGUACAAUACACGCUCUGUAUAAUUUUUUUUUUUUUUUUAUUUUUCUGUUUAGAAACUUUUUCCGUUCAAAAUUUUGAAUUUGGACGGUCCAGAUUGAUUGAUCAGUUUCCGACGCGAUCGAGAUCGUUACCGUUGAUCGGGAUGGCGUCAGCGGCAUCUGUAGGGUCAGCGCCGCUCAACAAGAUCGAGAGAGCUCACCAGCUUUACAGAGAGGGACGGUACUCGGAGGCGUUAGGGUUCUACACGGAGGCGCUUUCGACGGCCAAAGCUAAACCGCAGAAGAUCGCUUUGCAUAGUAAUAGAGCCGCUUGUUUCUUGAAACUUCACGAUUUCAAGAAGGCAGCGGAAGAAUGUACCUCAGUGCUUGAGCUUGAUCACAAUCACACUGGAGCAUUGAUGCUGCGGGCGCAGACCCUGGUCACUUUAAAGGAGUACCACUCAGCACUUUUUGAUGUCAACAGGCUCAUUGAGUUGAAUCCGUCCUCAGAAGUUUAUCAUAACCUCCAAGCUCGUUUAAAGACACAGCUGUCACUUGCUCCAAUACCUGAGUCCGAAGCAGAGUUGGAAGAAGAGGAAGAGAUAAAUGAAGCAGAGUUAGAAGAAGAGGAAAAGAUAAUUGAGGAAGAGCCAUUUACAAUUGAGGAAGAAGAGGAAAAAUAUAAUGAAAAAGAAAAUGCAGUUGUUUCAGUUGUAGCAAAGGAUCUCAAAGCUGAACCAGAACUUGAUGUCCCUAGAAGUCCGCGCAUCAAGGAAUCUUCUGAAAUGAUAAGAGAUCAGAAAGUUGAGCCUGAAAGAGCUAAUGAUUUACAACAUAGAGGCAAGGAAUCCUCCAUACAAGACUCAAAAGGAUGGCAAACAAUCCCGAAACCCAAGGGACACUCAGCUCUGGACUAUGCGAGAUGGGACAGAGUUGAAGAUGACUCUAGUGAAGAAGAUGAUGAUGAUGAUGACGAUGAUGAAAAUUGUCAAUAUCGAUUCCGUGUAAGAACUGUGGGUGUGCGACAAGUAAAGUGAAAGGGCAAAUUGUACAUGAUACAGUAUAGUGAAUUUGGCCUCUGUCAUAACGACAAAGAUAAGUCAGUCUGGUAACAGAGAUCAGAAAUGCGGUUGGAAAAGCUCUGAUGCUCCAUCAUGUUCCAAGGAAAGCUGGGAGCAAGUAACCUUCUUUGACAUGUAUGAGAGCCCGUCCAUGGUUGUUCAGAUUGUUACGGGAACUCUGUCAAGGAGAGGAUACUGUGCUAGUCCCUGUAACUCAAGCAAGUUAGUAAGUUUCCCUUUUCCAUUUCCUUUUACUCUGCAGUUCUGUUACUUCCUGCUUGCUGCCUAAAAGUAUCAAGCAAUGGGACUGCCUACUAACACCGAAAUUCCUUCAUUGAUUCGCCACUGCUUCAGGCGUUACUAAUUACCAUUUUUAAUGUAAUUACAUCCCUGCAUGCGUGGAUGAUACUGAAAAUUGAAACUCCUAGUUAGUCCUUAGAACCCUGAGAAUUUUGGCAAAGAUUCGAAACCGCAGUCUUAAUGCCCUGCAACUUCUUAGCAGUUGAAUGAUAAACUUGUAUUAUUGUAUUUAUUAAUUCGUUGGCGGCACCUCAUAAUACAAAGACUUUUAAUUGUGUUUUUUUCUGAUUUUGCUUCAAUUUUUAUCAAAGUGCUUUUUAGUAGUAAGUGUAGUAUAGCAUUGAUCCAGAUUCUGCCCGAAUCCAGUGGAUUGAAGU